UGGGGUGAUCGGGGAGCGGAGUUUGAUGCGGGUGAGAAUGCGGGCGGCAGAGAAAACAGAUAACAGUUUUGAUCGACCAGGUCAAACAAGUACAAGUUUGUCAAACCAUUCGGAUGUUGGGGAGAUAACCUCUUUGUCCGGGUUCAGAUAUUGAGGAAUGCGAGAAUGUAGGAGCCAUUUGUAAACUGGACUGUAUAAAACCUGAAGGCGACAGUCAAAUGCAAUUAUCAAAUGUUUAAUGGGAAUGUGUGGAAAUGGUUUUCUAAAUUCUGGGAUUGACCCGCUGAUUAUCAAAAUUUAGUUUAGUGAGCAGCACUGUUUUACAUAAGAAUAUGGUUUUUAUAGUAAUAACUGGCAUAAGUCUUUAAAAACAAGAUACUGUGUGUAAGUUUCUAUCUUCUAGCCAAACUUGAAGUGCAUGCGGCUUACAGAAAGAGAGAGAGAGAGAACAGCAGCAGGCGUCCUUGAAGAAUGAUACAACAGAACAGAAAGUUUUGUGACAGACAUUUUGUUGGACUCUUGAAUUCUUUCCUCCUAUAGAUCGUUAACAAAUAUGUUAUUCUCCAAACAUAUUAAUUAUCAAGAGGGGGAAGGAAAUGUCACGGUUACCCUGUUUUUGCAAUCCUUAGUAAUGAAUAAAUGAUAUGUGUAUAUAUCUAUAUAAUAUUAUUUAAAGGAAAUGGGGAGGCCUGUCCCUUUAAUUAGAUUCUGUUUAAGAAACUGCAUGCAAAAGAUUUCGUUUCAGAAGCAGUUUGCAAAAGACUUAGCAAACAGCAUACAUGAGGUGCCCAAGUUACAACAGUAUUUGGGCUCAAGGUUGCUUGAUUGACAGACAGUUAACAAGCAGCCUGGAAAGGCACGUGGGCUUUCGCGCAGGAAAAAGCCGUCGCAUUUGCAUCACACAGUGGGUGGAGGCACGUGGCUAUAAAAAGCAAUGCUCGUCGCGCCUCGUGGUCAUCAUCCGCCAGGAGUACUCCAUAUUUGUGGGAGAUCUGACUCCAGAAGUUGAUGACUUUGAACUCUACCAUUACUUUGUGAAAAAAUACGCUUCUUGCAGAGGUGGAAAAGUGGUGCUUGAUUCACGUGGGAAAUCCAGAGGCUUUGGGUUUGUCCGGUUUGCUGAUGAAGCGGAGCAGAAGAAGGCUCUGGACGAGUGUCAGAGUGGCAAAGGGCUGGGAGAGAAGCCAAUCCGGAUUAGUAUAGCGGUGCCCAAGAGUGCAAAAAGCAAACCAGAAUACCAGCCGAACCCGAGCUAUAAUUACUCUCAGUAUUACCAGCAAUAUCAGAACUAUUACUCUCAGUGGGGCUAUGAUCCCUACGGGAGUUAUAACUACAGCUACCCACCCUAUGGCUCCCACGAGGGACCCAACAUGACCUCCACAGCGCCCAGUGCUGAGAUGCCACCUCUGUCCGAGUUUCAGCAAAAUUCCACGCUUGCCGAGGAAACUGAAGAGGAACCCGUGGAAGAUCCAGAUCCUAAAUUGGACGUGGAGGAAAUUAACAAGCAAUUUAUGGAACAAAGUGAAGAGCUCUAUGAUUCUCUAAUGAACUGUCACUGGCAGCCCCUGGAUACCAUCACCUCUGAAAUCCCCACUGCCGUAUAAGCCUGCUCCACAAGAAGUCUAUUUUUGUAAAUUCUAUUUCCUGAACUUAAUCUCAGUAGUUUUUUUUUAUUAUUUCUGUUGUACCUUGAGUCUUCACUUCUGUUGAAAAAUGUUCAAAGGUCUUGGAAAGUUAAUAUUUGCAACUGGUUAUGUUUUUUCAAAAAACAUUUUCUGUGAAUUAUUUUACUGGCUUUAUUUUAAACCAGUCCUUUUGCUUGAUGGAUCUGAGGAAUAAAUGAUCAUCUGUGUUCUGGA